AUGGCAGAUUACCUUUUAUCCCAGACACUCUCGGCGCGCUACUACCAGCCCGAUCGGUUUCCACACAUAUCGGAGGCAAUCGGUGCAGAACCGGGAUCGGACCAUGGUCAGAUUGUUGAACAGAGGAGCUCACCCGAGCCCUCUCAGUCGGCGAACCGAGAUCGUCGGGCUCAGAUCCGGGCUGCACAAAGGACCUACCGACUGAAGAGAGAAGCCAUGUUUCAGGAUCUGAAAACACGCGUGUCAGAGCUCGAAGAAAGCAUGGGCAGGAUAUCUCAAUCGCUAUCCACUUUCUACCACAUGGCCAUCCAGUCUGAUCUCAACCUCACUCAUCCUUAUCUCUUCCAGCAGCUCAACUACACCGUUUCGCAAGUAAACCGUGCAGGCAAAUUAUCAAAUGUGAACUCAUUAACUACGGCGGAGAUCCAUCAUAUAGAACUAGCCGCUUUAUCCUCUGCAAAGGCCGCCAAUGACGCCUUUACCUUUGGAUACACCAUGAAUAGGAAUCCCGGGGAAAGUGGGACAUUCUACAAGCCACCAGGGAGUGACCGCAUCAGAGUAUCGCCUUCCACCAAAUAUGCAAACCGCUCAUAUCUAGGCAAUCUCCCAAGAGACAUCGAACGGCCAUUAAACGGCAGCGCUACUUUUACAUACAGUUAUAACGAACCAACAUUUGCUCGUCGUCUCCAUCGGUACUGCAUAGAGUACGCGUACCAAUUGUUCACCGAUCCACGGACAGAUCCCCAAGACAUAUAUCGUGUCUUCCGUCUCGUGACCUGCGUGCGUCAAGAGGACAAAAUGGCCCGCUGUCUUACUUCCCUCCUCCGUGCAGGCCCAAAAGAGCCCCUGGAAAGACCGAAGGUGCCUUUCUAUUGCAUUGGCGGUGCGGGCACGCAUUAUCCGCAAAUGCAGCCUGAUGGAAAGCCUCUGUAUCCUGAGAACAUGCGACUCCCGGGCCGAGUUCUUGGCUCGAUUCCGGGCAGCACUCAGGAGAUGGACAAUAGACCGCCAUCGGAGAAGAGACAGGAGCUUCUUAAGAUAUACGGGCUGGAUGGCACCUGGCUUGAUUGCCGCGAUGUUCAGGGUUAUCUCGAAGAAAAAGGGUUCUGUCUUGAUGAUUCUCCGUGUAUCUUUGCCACUCCUACGCUCGAAAAUCAGGAGAAUUCUCCACAGGCUUCACUGAAUCAAUCCAAGGGCACUGCUAUGGACCUCGAUGAUAAUCAUGAGCCCAAAUCGCCGCCCCUGCGCAACUACGAUGGUGCCGAUGAGCGCGUUUCUGGAAAAGCAGGCAAUGCAGCAGGACCAGCGGCCUGUGUUCUCAACAUCGAGGAGUUCGUUCAAGCGCUUCUAAGAAAGAUGGUCAUUCUAGGACGAGCCCCCGGUUUCCGACUGACUGACGUCGAAACAGCCUUCAAGUCAGCCGCGAAAGUAUCGUCGAGCUAG